AUGAAGGUCUUGCACAUUAUCAGCGGCCUCAGUGCCAUUCUCAUGCCCAUUGCCCGCGCAGUCCCAAUCGCCGGCCCAAGCACCGAUAAUACUCUACAGGAGAGGAGCGUAUGCCAACCUGCAGCCGACGGUGGCUGUUAUAUCAAACGUGAUCCUGAACCUGAGCCGGAACCCGGUAUUUGUCAAGACGCCCGUGGGGACGAGGGCUGUUACAUAAAACGCGACCCUGAACCUGAGCCCAGGCCGGGUAUUUGUCAAGAUGCCCGUGGGGACGAGGGCUGUUAUAUCAAACGUGAUCCUGAACCUGAGCCGGAGCCCGGUAUUUGUCAAGACGCCCGUGGGGACGAGGGCUGCUAUAUCAAACGUGAUCCUGAGCCUCAGCCCAAGCCUGGUAUUUGUCAAGAUGCCCGUGGGGACGAGGGAUGUUACAUCUAG